AUGUACAGUUUGGAAGCUAUUACAGUGAUCCAAAUGAGAAAUGAUGAGGACUUAGGCUCAAAUGCCAGUCUUCAGAGACCUGAGAUUAAACUUGAAUCAUUAAAAGAAGAUAUUAAGGAAUUCUUUAAAAUAUCAGGUUGGGAGAAGAAACUUCAGAAUGCUGUUUAUAGUGAACUGAGUGUGUUUCCUUUACCUAGUCAUCCUGCUGCACCUCCUGAACAUCUGAAAGAACCUUUGGUAUACAUGAGGAAAGCACAGGGAAGUUGGGAAAAAAGAAUUUUGAAGAGUUUAAAUAGUAUGUGCACUGAACUGAGUAUCCCAUUGGCACGAAAGAGGCCAGUUGGAGAACAGAAAGAACUUCUCAAUAAAUGGAAUGAAAUGGGAACUGAUGAACCAGAUUUAAGCCUUUUCAGACCUGUUUAUGCACCGAAGGAUUUUCUGGAGGUGUUAAUUAAUCUUCGCAACCCAAAUUAUGAAAAUGGUGAUUCUCUUAGUUUCAGGACUCAUUUGGGUUUAAUCCAAGUUCCUCUGAAAGUAAAAGACAUCCCUGAAUUGAAAGAAUUUUUUGUUGAACUCGGCUUAACUACAGGACAGCUGGGUAUAGAUGAUUCUACACAAGUGCCUCCUGAACUUUUUGAAAAUGAGCAUGUACGUAUUGGGCAAAAAGUCCUAGCAGAACAAGAUAGUGCUGCUGCUCAGCAAUAUAUCAGACAAGGAAGCCCUACAGCACUGAGAGCAGAAUUAUGGGCUCUCAUUUUGAAUAUUUCCAGUCAACCUGAGGAUAUCUUGUAUUAUGAGCAGCUUAAGACAAAUGUGAUACAACAUGACCUUUUGGUGGACAGUCUAAUCUAUAAAGAUGUGAAGUUGACAGCAAGCAAUGAUGAUUAUUAUUUUGUAUUUGAAGAUUAUUUAUAUCAGGUGUUACUUUGUUUUUCCCGGGAUACAUCCGUGUUGGGUCAUUUUGCAUACAACAGUGCUUCACCACCGAAGUCCUACAUAAGAGGAAAACUAGGACUAGAAGAAUAUGCAGUCUUUUAUCCACCAAAUGGAGUAAUCCCUUUCCAUGGAUUUUCAAUGUAUGUUGCACCACUUUGUUUUCUAUACCAUGAACCUUCCAAAUUGUAUCAGAUAUUCCGUGAGAUGUAUGUGCGUUUUUUCUUCAGACUCCAUUCCAUCUCUUCUCAUCCUUCUGGUAUUGUGUCCCUCUGUUUGCUGUUUGAAACUCUUCUUCAAACCUAUCUCCCCCAGCUCUUUUAUCAUCUACGAGAAAUUGGAGCUCAGCCACUUCGCAUAUCCUUUAAAUGGAUGGUUCGAGCUUUUUCUGGAUACUUAGCUACAGAUCAACUCCUGCUUUUGUGGGAUAGAAUCCUAGGAUACAACUCUCUGGAAAUUCUUGCUGUGCUGGCAGCUGCUGUGUUUGCUUUCCGAGCAGUGAACCUGAUGGAGGUGACAUCACUGGCUGCAGCUGAAGCCGUUCUUGCUGACCUUUCUACUUUAAAAGUUAUGCCUCUUCUUCAAAUUUUUCUGUUCGCUACUGUCACCUGAUCUCCUUCAAGGUCACUGACAACACAUCUAGUUUUUCAUUAAAAAAUAAUCAUGAACUAUGCAAACUCUGCAUAAAACCAAAAUUAAACUUUGCAUAUAAGCCAAUAAAGAUCAUGUUCCCUCUUCAGUUAAACAUAAGUAGUUUUUCACUUUUUGAAACAAUAACUCCGCACACCAAAUAUUGCACUGCAUGCUGCUGAUUUUCAAGAGAGAAGCAAUAGACGUAAUUCCUGCUAAAUUGAGCAUAGUAUCUCUAUACUCCUGACUUGUAAAAGGCAUGUAACCAUAUAUGCAAUAAGAACGAAAGAUACUGUAAUAAACUUGAAGAGGUAAUGUAGCCUCUGGGACAAUUUUCUUAUGUCAGUUUGUAAAUUUAUCUCUAGAUAAUGUAUCAUUUUGUCUUGUAAAUUGCUCUUCACUCAGAGCCAGGGGUGGAGUAGAAUGUGGUAAGAUUUGAAAAAGGUAAUGGAAGUCAAGCGUACUUUGGUCUUCUUGAUGACUUUUCUCUCAUCCGAGAUCUUCUAGAUCCCUUUCCAUUUUACUUCCCCCUGAAAGGUCUCAGUGGGGCAGACCAAAUACAGGUGUCUCCACCUGACAGUAUCUUCUUCAUCACUUUCCGAAAAAAGAACAUCACGGAGUGAUGCCAUCAAACUCAACCUUCCGCCUCUUGCUUAAGAAGACUUGACACUGCCGAGGCCUGUUGCGAGUCUGUUACUUUGGAAGCAUGCAAAGAGGACACCCAAGGAUUCAAUGAAGGGAAUGAAAAAUCAAAAGCUUAUCCGCUUUUGCCGAAUCUUGGUUUAACAAGAUUUACUUCCAGGGCAGAGCAGCUGAGAAACCAGAAGUAGGUACCAUAUACAUUCAUUUUAGAACUGAAGACAUUAUGUGAUGCCUCAGUCUCAUUUGGGUCUUUAUUGUAAGUGAAGGGUUUUAUUUUAUAUCUCUUCCUAAAGACCUACCAUUUCUGUAAUUCGGAAUAAUAUAAUGUGAAAAAAAGUCCAAAUUCAAGAUACUGAUCAUUUCAACACAACUUUGAAUCAAGAGAUUGAUACUCUUACUGAAUGCCUGGAAUUGUAUUAAGUUUUGUCCAAAUGUGUUUCCUGAAUUUUUUAUUUAAAGACUAUAUAUAAAUUAGGAAAUGUCUGAGGUUUAACACAAGACUGCAAGUGUGAUGAAAUUUGACAGAAUUAGUUCUUAAUUUGCUAAUCUUUAUUAUAUGCUUUAUUCAUCAGGUACUUAUUGAACACAAAAUAAUCAUUUAUUAUUCAGUAAUUGAUUCUUAAGAAACCCCAUUUCAUUGCUUUUGAAAGUGAUUCAGUUAUGACCACAUGCUUUGCCAUUGGGUGUGUGCAAAUGCACAUUCAUCACAAAGAUAAGCACUACUAUCUCCCGUUCUUCCCUGUUAGAGUUUUAAAUGAUUAAAGUCAACUGUGUACAGAUACGCCCAUUGUUGGCUUCCUUAAGAGAAUACUCAUCAGCCUUUUUAAAAGGCGAUGUAGUGAUCUAGUAGGAAAACUCUAGACUGAGAGUUCUUGUCCUAGCUGUGACUCCCUAGAUGAUUUAAUCUCUCUUAUCUGUAAUUGAGGGGGUGGAGGGUGUGAGGACAGGCAAUGGGAAAUUAUUGUAUUUGUUUUUGUUUACCUUACCAGGUUGAAUAAGACUAAAUGAGAAAAUAUAUUUGAAAGUGAUUUAACUGCAAAGCACCAAGCAAAUGUAAGAUGUUGUUGGUAAUUAAUUUUAAAUACGACAUUUUAAGGCCAAGCGCUAGAAGAUAUAUAUGAAGAAUGCCUAACUUCAUUAGCAUCUGUCCGACUUAUUUGAUAAUUUGAGACAGUGACUAUAAAAAAAUGAAACAUGGAACAUGGCAUAGCGGAUCCUUUCAUGAAACAGGUGGCUUCAGCCAGCAGUGCUGAAUCUGAACCCCAAAGCCACUCCACAAUGCUGCUGUCACAAACCCCUCCGGGCCAUGUGCUGCUCUUAGCUGCUUGUUAAAAUACUGCAUCAAGGGCAGUCAGGCUGUCUUCCCUACAUUGCCUCUUACUGCACUCCUCACACUGCCCCUCCCUGGCUUCCUCCCUCCUGUGGCCUCCUGUGCCGCCUCCUACCAACGCCUGAACCACAUCCCCCAUAUGCCCUGCUAGUGGUCACAAGGACCUGAGUGUUACCUAUAAUCUUUCUGUCUGCAACUUAUGGCGAAAUAAGCUACAGGCAAAUUGUAUUCGGCUUUUCUGGAUUUCAGUUCACCCACUAAUGUAACAUGUGUGACUUUAUAUGAUGGAAGAGUUUAUUGAACAGUCUUUCUGACAGCGUUUUGGUAAUGCAGCUUUCUGGCUAAUUGAAAUUCCCAGCACCCCGGCUAACUGCAUAGCACCCCCUUACACUCAGAAGGUACUCCCUUUUCCUAUUCCAUAGACAAGAUAAAGAACAUUAAGAUUGAACCCCCUCAGCCUUCUGCUUUAAAACUUAGCUUUAUCCCCCCCUCCCCCAUACUUAUCUCCUUCCUCCUUCUCAGAAACUGUCUAACCUAUUCCCGUAGCUCUCUAAAUACAGGCUCGGUUUUGUCACUUCCAUGCUUAAAAAUUAAACAAUACCUAAUUGCUUGAAGGAUAAAAGUCCGGGCUCUAUAGCAUAGCAUGGUGGGAAAAAUUCUCCACAGCUUGGUCUUUCCAUUUCUAGGCCCCACUCUGACCCAUUAUCCUGUACCUCAGUUUCACCAGGUUACUUGCUCAUCUUCAACCAGCUAUGGCCAUGCACUUGGUCUCUGCCAGAAGCACCUCCAUAUUUCAAGGCCCAACUAAAAAAAAUCUCUACUGUGAAGACACCCUGGCAUCUGUAAAUUGGAAUUAAUUACGCCCUUCCUUUGUUCUCAUAAAACUGCUGAUCCACUAAUAUAUGGGUGCUUAGAGUUUUGAGUGACCGUGUUUUGUAUAUAUGUUGAUUUUUAAAUCUUUAUUCCAAAGUCAGUUUUCAUUGACUGGUCCUAAGUAUGGAGGAUGAAAGAAUUUGUCCAUUUGUGUUUUUGUCGUCUGACUUGUUCUAAAAAUUGUUGGGAUCUGUUUUCUUAAAACGUAAUUCCUCCUAAGUAUCUACUAGUAUCCCUUCUUCCACAAAGGCUCUCAUUUUUAUUUGGAGAUGCCCCCACCUCCACCCCAGCCCGCUAUGUUCCAGAUGAGGCUGACUCCACCCCAGGACCUCUGGAUCCUGGUCAAGCCAGUCAUUAUGCACCAUCUCUCUUGGCCACAGGGAUUGCUUCAGAGAUCUAAGACCAAUGAGGACGAAUGAAAAUUCAUUACAAGACUUUAGUUUAAUCUUUCAGGAAACCGGAAAAAGAGGAUAUAGGCUCAGGAGCUGUAGUCUAGAAAUGAAAAGUGUGAAAAGCUGCUCUGUCGAUCUUGUUGAUCCCCCGAGUCACAUUCUACCAAUCUGUCCCUGGACAGCAUUGUUACAUGAGCCAAAACAUUCUCUCAGAAAGGAUCCUCAGUGAAGAUAUAGUUAUCUUACCUUGUAGGUCAUCUACUACUACAUGGGUAUCCUUGGUACAGGACUCCUGUCUACACACAGCUUAAACUGGAGGAAUCUUUUUGUCUUCAACUUUUUUUAAGAUGCACCAUGACCUUACAAGGACAAAUUCUUUGUUCCAGACCUAAGCACCUGAAGUACCUUAAACACAUAGUAUGUCUCUCAACUUUGGCCCCUUGCCCAUACAGCACCCUCUGCUUAGAAUGCCUUCUCUUCCAUCUUUAUCAAACUCUUUCUUGUACCUCAAAACCCAACUCAGGUGUUGCAUCAUCAGGGAAGACUGCUUUCUUAUGAAUUCUCAUACUCUAAGUAUACAUAAGCUAUAUCAUAAUCACAUACAUAUUAGCUUGUCUUUCUUGCACUGUAACUCCUUAAGCGCCAAAAUGGUUUCUUUUUCAGCUUUAUAUCUCUAGAACCUGGCAAUGUGCUUGCCCCAUAGCAGGCCUUAAUAAAUGUUUAUUGAAUGAACAGAAGAAAUCAUCUAACCUAAUUCACUCAUUUUACUGAUAAGGAAACUUGCUCAGUACACAGUAAUAACUUAACUUGUUCAGUGUCACAUGACUAUUUUACCCACUAAAUUGCUUUGUGGAGUUGCCUCCGUAAUUGAGACUAUCUUCCCUUCCAAAACGGAAGAAUAUUCUUGAGUUAAAAAAAAAAAAUACACUUCAUAAACAACUUUAUAAACACUUCACCUCACUCAGCUUUUUUCAUUUAAAUCUACUUUAUUAAGGUAUAAUAUAUGUACAGUAAAAUGUAUGCAUUUCAUAGGGUUUCACAAGUGUAUAUCCCCACAUCACCAUCACCACACAGUCAUUUGUAGUAUGCAACAUUUCUACAUCUGUAACAAUUCUCUUUAAGCCUCUCUCCAUAUGAUCUCCCAUAUACACCUUCACUUCAAACAACCCCUCAUCUGCUCUGUCCCUAAAGUUUACAUUGAUCUUUCUAGAGUUUCAUGUAAAUGGAAUCUUAUAUAUGUACUCUUUGGGUCUGGUUUCUUUUGCUCAGCAUAAUGUUUGAGAUUCAUCCAUGUUGUGUGAUUAGUUGUCCAUUCCUUUUUAUUACUGAGCAGUAUUUCAUUGUAUGACUGUUUCAUGCAGUUUGUUUAUCCAUCAUUGUUAAUGGUCAUCCAUGUUCUUAUACUUCGAUGAAUUAUGGAUACAGCCACUAUAAACAUUUGUAUGCAAGCCUUUAUGUGGAUCUUCCCAUAGAUCUUCCUUUCUUUUGAGUAAAUACUUAGGAGUACAAUUGCUGAAUCAUACAUGAGCAUAAAUUUAACUUUCCAAGGAACCUCUCAACUCUUCUGAAGUGGUUCUACCAUUUUACAUUCCUACUAGCAGUGUGUAAGAGUUCUAAUUGCUCCAAAUCCUCACCAACACUUGGUAUUAUCAUGUUGAUCAUUCUAAUAAGUGGUUUUAACUUGCAUUUCCCUAAUUACUAAUGAUGUUGAGCAUCUUUUCAUGCUUUUUCGCCAUUUAUACAUAUUCUUUUGGAAAGUGUUCAAAUAUUUUGCCCAUUUUUAAUUAUCUUAAGUUGUAAGAAUUUCUUAUUCUGAAUACAAUUAUGGCUUGUAAAGUUUUUUCCCAUGCUGUGGCUUACCUCUUAAUUUUCUUGGCUAUCUUUUAAAAAGCAGAAGUUUUAAUUUUAUUGAAUCAAUUUAUCAUUUUUCUUUUAUAGCUCCUGUUUUUUGUGUCCUAUCUAAGAAAUCUUUCCAUAACUUAAGAUCACAAAGACUUUUUUUUCUAUGUUUCUUUCUAGAAACUUUAUAGAUUUAGCUCUUACAUUGAGGCCUGUAAUACUUUUUUUAAAGUUAAUUUGUGUAUGAUACAAGAGUUAAGGAUUGAGGGUCAUGUUUUUGCAUAUGGAUAUGCAAUUGUCCCAGCACUGUUGGCUCAAAAAAACUAUCGCUUUUAUGUCAACACCUCUGUAUAAAGUCUAUGGAUCAUAUAUAUCUUUAGGCUUAUUUCUGGAUUCUCUUCUGUUCCUUGGGUUUAUGUCUGUCCUUCUCCAAUACCACACUGUGUUGAUUUUGAAGCUCUAGAGAAAAUCUUGAAAUCAGGUAGUUUAAGUUGUCCGGUUUCUUUUCCUGUGUUAAAAUUGUUUUGGCUACUCUAAGUUCUUUGCAUUUCUAAAUAACAUUUAGAAUUAGCUUUUCCACUUGUACCAAAAUUGUUUUAAAAGGUGCUGGGAUUUUUAUUGAGAGACUAUUGAUACCUUAACAAUAUUGAGCCUACCAAUCCAUGAAAAUGAGAUACCUCUCCAUUUAGUUAUGUCUUCUUUAAUUCCAUUCCGUAAUAUUUUGUAGUCCUCGGUGUGGAGUUCUUGUACAUAUUUUGUUAAAAUAUCCCUAAUUCUUUUGCAUUUUUAUGCUAUUGUAAAUGGUAUUUUUAAUUUCACUUUCCAGUGGUUUGUUAAUACAGAGAAACAAAAUUGAUUUUUUAAUAAUGCCCUUGUAUCCUGAGACCUUGCUAAACUUGCCAUUCCUAAUAUCCCUUUUUGUAGCCUCCCUAAGAUUUUCUACAUAUACAAUAUGUCAUCUAUAAAUAAAGACAGUUUUACUUUUUUU